UUUGCGUCCAUUGACUGCGACGGGCAGGGGCGGGCUGGCAUUAGCUGCGUCGCGUGACGUCACUUCCUGUGCCUCCACGUCCGGUGCCGCGUGGGGAGGGGAGAGCGGCGGUGAGAGCGGCUCUCAGGAACCGCACUGGCGCAUCGGCAUGGCCUCCCGCCAAGGUGAUAUCGUCACUUUGCUUGAAUUGAGGUGUUUUCACCCCAAAACCGCUUCACAUCUGCACUGACGCCUCAGCAUCGCUUCCUGCCAAGGUGACGUCAUCACUUUGAUCGAAUUGAGGUGUUUUUACCCCAAAAGAGCUUCACAUCUGCGCUGACGCCUCAGCAUCGCUUCCUGCCAAGGUGACGUCAUUGCCUUCAUCAAAUUGAGGUGUUUUUACCCCAAAAGAGCUUCACAUCUGCGCUGGUGCCUCAGCAUCGCUUCCUGCCAAGUUGACGUCAUUGCCUUCAUCAAAUUGAGGUGUUUUUACCCCAAAACCGCUUCACAUCUGCGCUGGUGCCUCAGCAUCGCUUCCCACCAAUGUGACGUCAUCACUUUGAUUGAAUUGAGGUGUUUUUACCCCAAAAGAGCUUUACAUCUGCGCUGACGCCUCAGCAUCGCUUCCUGCCAAGAUGAUGUCAUUGCCUUCAUCAAAUUGAGGUGUUUUUACCCCAAAAGAGCUUCACAUCUGCACUGACGCCUCAGCAUCGCUUCCCACCAAGGUGACGUCAUCACUUUGAUCGAAUUGAGGUGUUUUUACCCCAAAAGCUCUUCCAACCCCGGCUGUCCCCUCAGCGUGGCUUUGCACCAAGCCGAUGGCGUCGCCUCGAUGGAAUCAAGGAGUUUUCACCCCAAAACCUCUCUGAACCCACAGCGCCGCCCUUUGUUUUCGCACCUUUCCUAAACCCACCUCAUCCCCUUCCCGGAUUUGAACUCUUUUCACCCCAAAAGCCCCUAUUUUGGUGGCGCCAUGGCAGGGGCCGACCCGCUGGAGACGCUGCAGGUGGAGGCGAGCUGCUCGGUGUGCCUGGAAUACCUGCAGGACCCGGUUAUCAUCGAGUGCGGCCACAACUUCUGCCGCCGCUGCAUCACGCGUUGGUGGGCGGACCUGACCCGUGAUUUCCCUUGUCCCGUUUGCCGCAAAACCUCCCGCCACCGCAGCCUCCGCCCCAACCGCCAGCUUGGCAACAUCGUCGAAGCCGCGCGGCAGCUUCGGGGUACCAAACGCAAGCACCGGGAGGAAAACUCUUGCCAGAGGCACGGCCAAGCGCUGGCGCGGUUCUGCCGCGACGACCAAGCCCUUGUCUGCCUCCUCUGCGAGAUCUCCAGCAACCACCGCGCCCACACCCUCCUUCCGCUCGACGAGGCCGCCCUGGAGUACAAGGAGAAGUUGCAGCGCUGCCUGGAGCCGCUGGAGCGGAGGCUGGAGGCCGUCGCCAGCUGCCGAGCACGGGAGGAGAAGAAGCCGAGCCAGCUGAAGAGGAAGGUGGCUCUGCAGCGGGAAUGCAUCACCCGGGAGUUCGAGGAGCUGCACCGGCUGCUGGCGGAGGAGGAGCAGCUGCUGCUGCGGCAGUUGGCCGAGGAGGAGCAGGAGAUCCUGCAGCGGCUCCAGGCCAACGUGGCUCGGCUCGCGGAGCAGCGCCGGGCUCUGGCCACCCUCGUGGCCGAGCUGGAGGAGAAGUGCCUGCAGCCGGACAUCGAGAUGCUCAAGGACAUCAAGGACACCUUGGCCAGGUACGAGGCAGCAGCGGCACCCGCCGAUGAUCCGGCUUCUGUGGCCAUCGAGUUGGAGAAGAACUUCUGCAGCUUCCCCCGGCAGUACUUCACCCUCCGCAAGAUCUCCCGGCGCCUCAUCGCCGAGGUGACGCUGGAUCCCGACACGGCUCAUCCCAACCUACUUUUAUCGGACGACCGGAAAAGCGUCCGCUUCGUGGAAGCGCGGCUGCAGGAUUUGCCGGAUACGCCGCAGCGUUUCACCGUCUACCCCUGCGUCCUCGCCGCUCAGGGCUUCACCUCCGGGCGCCACUACUGGGAGGUGGAAGUGGGUGACAAAACCCACUGGGCGCUCGGAAUCUGCAAGGAUUCCGUCAGUCGGAAAGGGGAGUUAACGCCGCUGCCGGAGACGGGAUAUUGGCGCGUCCGGCUCUGGAAUGGCGAUAAAUACGCAGCCACCACCACGCCUUUCACGCCGUUGACGCUACGGGUGAAGCCCAAACGCGUUGGGAUCUUCUUGGAUUACGAAGGUGGCAAAGUGGCCUUUUAUAACGUGACGGAUCGCUCGCACAUCUUCACCUUCACCGAGACCUUCACCGAGAAGGUUUGGCCGCUCUUCUACCCUGGCAUCCGCGCUGGCAGGAAGAACGCGGCGCCUCUCGUUAUCCGUUCGCCGACAGAUUGGGAGUGAGGGGAGAGCGGCGGCGAUGGGCGUUGGCUCCCUGGUGUCUGGCAGCGCCGCGAUCCGGUGCUCCGGUGCUGCCGGGAUCUGGACUUAGCGGCUCCGAUAUGCUGAUAGGAUCCGGUGCUCCGGCACUACCAGGAUCUGGAAUUUGGGGCUCCGAUAUGCUGAUAGGAUCCGGUGCUCCGGCGCUACCAGGAUCUGGACUUAGCGGCUCCGAUAUCCUGAUAGGAUCCGGUGCUCCGGUGCUGCCGGGAUCUGGACUUAGCGGCUCCGAUAUGCUGAUAGGAUCCGGUGCUCCGGCACUGCCGGGAUCUGGACUUAGCGGCUCCGAUAUGCUGAUAGGAUCCGGUGCUCCGGCGCUGCCGGGAUCUGGACUUAGCGGCUCCGAUAUGCUGAUAGGAUCCGGUGCUCCGGCGCUGCCGGGAUCUGGACUUAGCGGCUCCGAUAUCCUGAUAGGAUCCGGUGCUCCGGCACUGCCGGGAUCUGGACUUAGCGGCUCCGAUAUGCUGAUAGGAUCCGGUGCUCCGGCGCUGCCGGGAUCUGGACUUAGCGGCUCUGAUAUGCUGAUAGGAUCCGGUGCUCCGGCACUACCAGGAUUUGGAGGUUGGGGCUUUGAUACGCUGCCGGGAUCCCGUGUUCCGGCAUAGACAAGGCUGGAAUCGGUCACUACCGGGAUCCGGUGCUCUGACACCACAAAGAUUUGGCUCUCUGA